AUGGACGGGUCCACACCGCACAGUGGUUCACACUAUGGACGGCCACCUGCAUAUGACUAUGAUGACGGCUCCCCUCAGCAACUACAAGGAGGAUCAACAAUGCGCUUGUUGACAAACGUGGAUGACAGCCAAAGCUAUAUGCAAAGACCCUCAUUCGAGGACACUUCAAACAUGUCAAGUGCCAACAGCAAUACUGCCGAGUUGGGCGCGCGCAUGACCAUGUCUGAGGUGGGCAAGCAGAAGGCUGCCGAAUCGGACAUUCACGACUUCCUGCGCGAGGCCGGCGAUGCGCUGAGUUCAACGUCCAGCACGGCUGCUGCACCUACGCAGAUGCCACGAAGGAAGAUGCUCAGUUCGGAGAUGGCAAACUACGCGGCGCCCUCCAAAACCGUACGAUCACAAGACCCAGACUUACAAUUACGUGAUCUCCGCAGACCUCCAUCGCCAGUAUCGCGCACAUACCACCCCACAUCAUCCUCAGUAUCCGGCUUAUCACGGACGCCGUCAGUGAUGGACACUGCACCGAACAUGCCACCGCCAGAUGACGAUUAUGUUCCCUACCGGCGGCCGUUAUCACCCGACCGGCCAUACUCACCCACGCGCACAUCAGACGACUACUCGCGGCCACCAGCUUCAGUCAACUCAUACGAGCCACUAGACCUUCAUGGCAGCCCACGGCCGGGCAGUCCGCAGCGACCACUACCUCCAGCGCCCUUGUUCACCAAUGGUGCCAGACCGGGCUCUCGCGGAUCUGAGAACACCAUGGACAUGACCGACAUGACUUCAAUACCAAUUCACGACGACGACGACCCCUUCACCGACAUUGGCGACGACAGACCAGACCUGCGAUCGAGGGACUCCUACAUGAGCGACGAUACAUAUACGGACAUGUACACUGAAAUCGAUGAGAAGGCAGAGCACUACGGGCCAGCUCCAGAUGGCGCACAGGAACGACGUGGAGCGCGAGAUGCAGUAAUGACGAAGAAGGAGGUUCGCCUGAUUAACGGUGAACUUAUUCUCGAGUGCAAGAUCCCGACCAUCCUCCACAGUUUCCUUCCGCGACGAGAUGACAUCGAGUUCACGCAUAUGCGAUAUACGGCUGUCACAUGCGACCCAGAUGACUACAUUGAUCGUGGCUACAAAUUACGCCAAAACAUCGGAAAUCAGCGAGAGACGGAGUUGUUCAUUGCUAUUACCAUGUACAACGAGAACGAGAUCGACUUCACCCGAACAAUGCACGGUGUCAUGCAGAACAUCAGCCAUUUCUGCUCGCGCAUGAAGUCAAGAACUUGGGGAAAGGAUGGAUGGCAAAAGAUCGUUGUGUGCAUUAUCGCAGACGGCCGUGGAAAGGUCCAUCCCCGAACUCUAGAUGCUAUCGCUGCUAUGGGAUGUUUCCAAGAAGGUAUCGCGAAGAACCACGUGAACCAGAAGGAGGUCACAGCUCACGUCUACGAAUACACCACUCAAGUCUCCUUGGAUUCAGAUCUUAAGUUCAAAGGCGCGGAGAAGGGCAUUGUGCCAUGUCAAAUGAUCUUCUGCUUGAAGGAGAAGAACUCGAAGAAGCUGAACUCGCAUCGUUGGUUCUUCAACGCUUUUGGACGGGCGCUUAAUCCAAACGUCUGCAUUCUACUCGACGUGGGAACCAAACCUGGACCCAAAGCCCUGUACCACUUGUGGAAAGCAUUCGACACCGACUCUUCUGUCGCUGGAGCUGCUGGAGAAAUCAAGGCAGGUAAAGGCAAAGCCUGGCUUGGUCUUCUCAACCCGCUCGUCGCGUCGCAGAACUUCGAAUACAAGAUGUCCAACAUCCUCGACAAGCCAUUGGAGUCCGUAUUUGGAUACAUCACUGUCUUGCCAGGUGCGCUUUCAGCAUAUCGUUAUCACGCGCUGCAGAAUGACCACACAGGCCACGGUCCUCUUAGCCAGUACUUCAAGGGAGAAACGCUCCAUGGUCAGGAUGCAGACGUUUUCACGGCAAACAUGUAUCUGGCCGAAGAUCGUAUCCUAUGUUGGGAGCUCGUAGCAAAACGUAGCGAGCAAUGGGUUCUGAAAUACGUCAAAGCGGCGACUGGUGAGACUGAUGUGCCAGAUGCUGUACCCGAGUUCAUCUCUCAACGUCGGCGAUGGCUGAACGGUGCUUUCUUCGCCGCUGUCUACUCAUUGCUCCAUUUCAAGCAAGUGUGGGCAACUGACCAUACCAUCGGGCGGAAGAUCCUCCUCCACAUCGAAUUUGUAUACCAGUUCGUGCAACUUCUGUUCACCUUCUUUUCGCUUGCCAACUUCUACCUGACGUUCUACUUCGUUGCUGGCUCACUUUCAGACCCGGAACUCGAUCCCUUCGGCCACAACAUUGGAAAAUACAUCUUCUACAUCCUACGUUACACAUGCACCUUGCUCAUCUGCAUGCAAUUCAUCCUGUCUAUGGGUAACCGACCCCAAGGAGCCAAGAAGAUGUUCUUUUGGAGUAUGGUCAUGUACGGUGUCAUCAUGGCGUACACUACCUUCGCCUCCUUCUACAUCGUCAUCGUCCAACUCAAAGAUCCAAAAGCACCAAAGACAAUAGGGGCCAAUGUCUUCACCAACCUUAUUAUCUCUACUGCGACGACGAUUGGUCUCUACUUCCUCAUGUCCUUCAUGUACCUGGAUCCUUGGCACAUGUUCACGUCCAGUGCGCAAUACUUCGCUCUUCUCCCGUCCUACAUCGCCACUCUCCAAGUGUACGCCUUCUGCAAUACACACGACAUCACCUGGGGAACCAAGGGCGACAACGUAGCGAAGACGGAUCUAGGAGACGCAAAGGGAAAGAACAAGGACGUUGUCGAACUCGAAAUGCCAUCAGAGCAAUUGGACAUCGACAGUGGUUAUGACGAAGCCCUGCGCAAUCUUCGUGAUCGCGUCGAAGUACCUGAGCCUCCGAUCUCCGAGUCGCAACAACAGGAAGACUACUACCGUGCCGUCCGAACCUACAUGGUUGUCAUCUGGCUUAUCUCAAACGCUAUCCUCGCCAUGGCUGUCAGUGAAGCAUACUCAGAUCGCAAAGUGACAAACAAUUUCUACUUGACAUUCAUUCUCUGGGCUGUCGCUGGCCUUGCUUUCUUCCGCGCCAUUGGCUCCACGACUUUCCUCAUCAUCAACUCCAUCCAAGCGAUCAUGGAAACAAAGCUCAAAUGGCAAGACAAGAUUGACGACAAGAAGAGCAAUAGAACUGGUCUUGGUGGCGGCAGAAAGUAUGGUAGAAACAAGUGGUGGAAGUUCGGAUUUGGCGGCGGUGUGUCAUCGAGUUGGUUCUCUGGCAGUACAGUAUCCAGAAGUGACGCUAGGGUCGUGUGUUUACAUGCCACUCCCGUUCCCAUGCCGCCGCACACCCAACUCCCCGCCCUUACCAAACUUUCGCGACAGAACAAAAUGGCGCCCCGAAGUAAAGCUGCGAACAUUUCCUUUACCGUCGAAUCCGCUUCGGAAGACGAAAUGACCGUUGACGAGCUCAAUGCGCAUCCUACGCCCGAAUCCAAUAGCGAAAACAAAGCGCCGGCGCGAAGCACGCGCGGAGCUGCACAGACGAAGAAAACGGCCUCCGCGACCAAGGCGACUGCGAAGGGUAGACCAGCGACGCGUCCAACGAGCGCCACUAGUGCGGUAGCCACGAAGAAGAGCGCGGCAGCAGGCGCGAAAAAGGUGUCGGCAAAGGGUGGUCGCAAGGCGCCAGCGGAGCUUGCUGAAGCCGUUCACAGCGAUGUGGACGAGACGGAAGAGCUAGAAGAGCAAGAGGCGGUUGCGCAGCCCAAACCAGCCAAGAGAGGCAGACCAGCAAAGAAGGCGCAGGAGGAGGUCGAGGUCGAAGAGGCGGCACCCGCAAAGAGAGGGCGCAAAGCUGUCGCGAAAGAAGAGCCUGUGAAGAAGGAGACCAAGGCGAAGCUUACGACAAAGUCAAGAGGGACGAAACGCGCAGCUGAGCCCGAGACCGAGCCUGAGCAGAUGACAAUCCCUGAGACACAACAAGAGCCAGACGCAGACCCAAUGGAUGUAUCGGAAUCCGUGGAAAUCGAAGUCGACGAGAUACCCGAAAGCAUGCCGCCACCACACGUGCGACCCUCCGCACGUAGAGCCCAACCCAACAGCAGGGCGCGACGAACAUCAGCUGGAGUGAGACGAACAGGAAGUGUGUCAGACUCUGAGCGGGACCCUGCCAUGCGAAGGAAAGUCGGUGACCUAACAAAGAAACUCGACGCCAUGACAGCCAAGUACGAGACGCUCAAGGAGUCUGCCUCGUCAGGGAAGGAGUCGAACUUUGAACAGCUUAAGAAGCGGACAGACCAGAUCGCAAAAGACCAAGACGCAGUCAUCAAAGCCCUUCAGCAACAAAUAUCUGAUUUCCAAUCACGCACCUCGGACCUCGCAUCGAUAAAGAAAGAGUUGGCAGCAGUUUCCAAGGAGUCAGCGCGUCUCGCUGCCGAGAACAAGAAACUCGCCGACUCGCUCACAUCGGCACAGGGAGAGAGCAAGGCAUUGUCGAGCAAGCUCGCAGCAGCCCGAUCGGCGCAGCCAGAAACCAAGAAUGUGCCCGGAAGCGCGGUGAAAGCUAGGACAACCGGCGUCGUUUUGCCAGGCACUGUUGAAGCAGCCAAGGAAGCGACACUCGCAAAGCAGAAGGUCGAUUUUUACAGCGAUCUUACAGACCUCGUUGUUCUUGGUGUGAAGAGAUCCGAAGACGAGGAAGACGUUUACGAUUGUCUACAAACAGGACGUAACGGCACACUGCAUUUCCACCUCACAGUAGCCUCCAGCGGUACAUCCUACGAAGACGCAGAAUUCAUCUACCAGCCUUUGCUUCACGAACAAAGAGACAAGGAGCUUUUGGAUCUACUGCCUGAUUAUCUCACAGAGGAGAUUUGCUUCCCGAGGGCGCAAGCGCCCAAAUUCUAUAGCAAGGUUGUGGAUAGUAUGAGCAAAAAGAUCAUCCUGGAAGAGGACCAGGACUAG